UAUCAUAGAUCAGAGGACGCUACAGCCUACCGCACAAAUGCCAGCUUCGUAUUCAGCAACAAGUACACGGCCGCCGUACUCGGCCUCCUCGACGCCCAGCCCGGCGAACACAUCUUAGAUCUUGGCUGCGGGUCUGGUGAGCUCACCAAGGGAAUUGGGUCCAUAGUCGGGGCGAAAGGCUCUGUCUUUGGUGUUGACGCAUCGGCUGAUAUGAUCCAAGCUGCGCGCAAGGAGAACAGCAGUGAUGAUAUUGGGGGAUCAGCACGGAUUCAAUACGACCAAGCAGAUGGCUGUGCACUGUCCACGUACAUUACGGAGCACGGUCUCGAGGGGCGGUUCGAUAGAGUUUUCAGCAAUGCUGCCAUCCAUUGGAUGAAAGCGUCGCCGAUGGGUGUGAUAGAGGGGGUGCACAAGGCACUAAAGCCGGGAGGUGUACUCGCAGCAGAGUUUGGAGGCUUCACCAACGUCGUUGGCGUUCGUGGCGGCCUGCAUCAGGUACUCAGGAAGAGAGGACUUGACCCAGACGAGUUUGAUCCUUGGUACUUUCCCACAGACGAAGGCUAUGCUGCACUGCUGACCUCGUCGAAUCUGGACCCGCCAUUCCAGAUUCUCUCUGUAGAGCUAGUGCCGCGCCUGACUCCGCUCACAACAGGUCUACGGGGCUGGCUGACCGCCUUCGGAGGACCUCUCCUGAAUGCACUACCGUCUGAAGAGCGCGAGGAGGCUGUACAAGAGCUAGAGGAUCUCUUGAGGCCGGACAUGUACGACCCUAUCAAGAAACAGUGGAGCGUCAUGUACGUCCGAUUGAGAGUCAAAGCCAUCAAGCCUCCUGCGAAGGGACUU